AUGUCGGACGAUCGUCAAUCGCCCGAUAAUACUAGCACUGAUCCAGGCGCUCCGGGCUCGGCUAUGCCUGAUGUCGAUAGUUCGAAAAAAUCAGCUAUGGUCCGCACAGCUUUCGAUGAUGGUGCAUUGAAAGUAAUGGAAGACGAAUUCCAGACGGUAUUGAAUGAACUUGUCGCUGGUGAUCGAAGUUUGGAUAAAUUCCGAAGUGAAUAUGAGAAACUUCAUCGAGCAUUACUGAAAUCUCACGAGAGCGAGAAGCGUUUGAUGCAAAAAUGUCGCGAGUUGAAUUCGGAAUUGGUCACCAAUUCGGCCAAGGUUCAAUCGGCCAUGAAAUUAAGCGAAGAAGACAAAAGUGCUAUCAAUUCACUACGAAAAGAAAUCGAAAAAGCUUGGAAAAUGGUCGAUGCAGCUCAUGAAAAAGAACAGCGAGCAAAGGAAACUGUGCAAAGUCUCCGACUUGAAAUCAACAACUUAACCAACUUAGUCGAACAAGGAGCAGGUAUGAUCGAAGUCAUUCUUUGA